AUGGUUAGACGCACCUGUUUAGUGGUCCUGCUGUUUGCUACCACCAUCUUUACCCCCCUCGAUGGAGCGCAGGACAUUUUCUCCAUACUGAAACCGGUGGGCAGUCCGGUUGGCUCGGUCGGGCGCAAGAAGCUUUUCGUGACGCGCGUCGGCCAGUGCGCGGGCAAGAAAAACCUGCCCGUGUACGUACCGGAUAUGCGUAUUGCGGCGCACAAUCGCACCAGCUACGUGGUCAGCGGAGAGGUAUACUUUCGCGAGAACAUACCCAGCUAUCGGCUCUCGGUGGCGAUCAAGCAGUGUGACGACAUGCGGGCAACGGUCAACUGUCGCCCGUUUCUGAGCAACAUCGUCAAUACGGACGGGUGCGCACUGCUGCAAGCAUCGGGCACGAUGUACGGCGAGUAUUUGCAAAACUUUCGGCCCCCGUUGAAAUGUCCGUUCUGGAACGGGACGUACGUGAUGGGGCCAACGCUGGUGGACGAUGGUUUGGUGAAAUAUUUGCCCGGUUCGGGCAGCACCUAUUGGGAGGUACGCAUGACGGGUCGCAUACGGGAGCGUUUGAUGUACUGCGUGGUGAUGCAGCUGAAUGUGCGGCCGAAGAAGUCUUCCAGCAAUCGUAACUAAUUAUCACAGUACGGGAAUGGCAUUGUUGAAUCUGAAAUGUAUUGGAAAAACA